AUGUCUCGUGUUCAACCAAUCACUGAGAAUGGUGCAGUAGAAACAACCACACCUUAUACACCAAGGAAGAUUAUUGAAAGCAAAUCCAAAGUUCUCAACUUUUUAACCUCUAUCAAAUUUACUCUGACACUAAUAAUAUUUCUGGUGAUAUUGUCAUGUACAAUAGUGUUCGAUUCUAUUUGGAUGUCUGUCUUUGCAGGCGAAGUGAGUAAAUUAAGUGAGAAUGUGAGAAAAUCAGAGUUUAAUUUAAUAAUAUCCAACACUGAGAGAUCCAUUAAGAAAGUGGUGUUGGCUUCGGAAUUGGCAAAAUCUCAACUUUAUUCUGGUUUUGACUUCUCAAAUGAAACCCAGUCUAUGUCUCAUACUUUUAGAAUGCACAAAGCUAUCAAAUCACAUUUGAAUGAUCUACAUAUGCUCCUAGUUGGUGAUUCCAAUGGAAAUAUGUAUGGAAUAGAGCUGGAAGAAACCUCAGUAAUGUUCACCAUUGUAAACCAAGAAAAGGAUCAAAGUUAUUGGAAUUGUACAGAUCCAGAUAAAAAUGACGAAUGUAUUCACGGUGAUUUUCCAGAGAGAGUUGAACCCUAUUCGGAUUAUACUUUCAUUCCUCAGAUAGCAUCCAAUAAUCAAGGAAGGACGCUUUUCUCACCACCAUUUAUUGAUUCACAUUCUAAUCAAUUGAGUAUUGCUUGCACUAGUAUUUUAGCCAUUCCUCCCUCAUCCAAAACCAUUAACUUUGUAACCAUGCUUUGA